AUAAUCACAUAAGUGCAGAAGCUCUUCAAGGCAAAACCUUCUACGUGAACUCCAUCAACAGCAAGGAGCGGGAGAAAAUAUGCCUUUCCCCAGGUUGCAUCCACACAGCUUCCCGCGUCCUAGAGUACAUGGACCCCUCAGUUGACCCCUGCGAUGACUUCUACGAGUUCACCUGUGGCAACUUCCUCAAGAAAACCAACAUCCCCGACGACAAGUCAUCGGUGACGUCAUUCAGCAUCAUCAGCGACGUGCUACAGGAGCAGCUGAAGACUUUGAUAGAAGAGCCCAUCAACCCUCAUGAGCCCAAGCCUUUCCAGCUAACCAAGAAGCUCUACAGGGCGUGCAUGAACAAGACACUAAUUGAAAAGGAUGGUUUGACAACCAUUAAUGAGAUUUUAAAGGAGUUGGGAGGGUGGCCAGUGCUAGAGGGUGAUCGGUGGAUCGACGGGGAUUUCGAUUGGAGGAAAUCGGUGUACAAGUUCAGGAAAGUGGGGUAUAGCGUGGAUUACUUCAUGGAUUUCUCUGUCGGGGUUGACGUGAAGGACUCAACAAGGAGGAUCAUUGAUUUGGACCAAGCGUCACUAGGACUUCGAAGGGAAUUUCUCACCAAAGGGUUGAGUGAUAAAAUUGUUCAAGCAUACUACGAUUACAUGGUAGACUUGGCAGUGUUGUUUGGAGGAGAUCGAGAUAGAGCCAUCAAAGAACUCAGGGAAUCUCUGGAAUUCGAAAUAAAAUUAGCAAACAUUUCCUUACCCAGUGAAAAGCGCAGGAACGCUACCGCCCUCUAUAAUCCAAUGACUAUUGACGAACUUCAGAAAACUUUCCCGAGCAUUCCUUGGAUGGAAUACAUGAACAAUCUUCUGGCUCCUGACACUCAAGUUAAAAGCGACGAAAUUGUUGUGGUCAGCGUGCCUAACUACAUCAAAGCUUUCGAGGCACUCAUCAGCAGGACACCAAAGAGGGUCCAAGCAAAUUACGUGAUGUGGCGGGCUGCUGCUUCAUCUGUUUCUUACCUCACAGAAAAUCUCAGAAAGAGGCAGUUGGAUUAUACCACAAUAGUAACAGGAAAAACUGAAAGAGAAGCCAGAUGGAAGGAGUGUAUCGAUAUAUCAGCUGGAAGGUAUUUAGUAAUUAGGGACUCAUUCCACAUAGAUAACGACAAAAGCAACGGUCUUACUCAUGAUAUUCUACUGAUUAACAUGUAUAUUGGAGAAGAGAAAGAUGUCAAUCUUGAUAAUAAUUUUUCAAAUCUAUUUGUUCUAUAUUAACUUGAGUA